GAAAGGUUGGAGUGGGAAUUGAGAAGCAGCCACCCACCCACCCACCCUAUGGAUAAAAAUAGAAGGCUGUUGAUAGCACUCAUUGUAGCUUCUACUGCAUUAGGACUAAUCUUUAUCUUCAUCAUUUUAUUCUGGAUUUUUCACAAAAGAUUUCACACCUCAGAUGUUGUGAAGGGAAUGAGUAGGAAAACAUUGGUUUCUUUAAUGGACUACAACAUACUUGAAUCAGCCACCAACAAAUUUAAAGAAACUGAGAUUUUAGGUGAGGGGGGUUUUGGAUGUGUGUACAAAGCUAAAUUGGAAGACAAUUUUUAUGUAGCUGUCAAGAAACUAACCCAAAAUUCCAUUAAAGAAUUUGAGACUGAGUUAGAGUUGUUGAGUCAAAUGCAACAUCCCAAUAUUAUUUCAUUGUUGGGAUAUUGCAUCCACAGUGAAACAAGAUUGCUUGUCUAUGAACUCAUGCAAAAUGGAUCACUAGAAACUCAAUUACAUGGGCCUUCCCGUGGAUCAGCAUUAACUUGGCAUCGCAGGAUAAAAAUUGCCCUUGAUGCAGCAAGAGGAAUAGAAUAUUUACAUGAGCAGCGCCAUCCCCCUGUAAUUCAUAGAGAUCUGAAAUCAUCUAAUAUUCUUUUAGAUUCCAACUUCAAUGCAAAGCUGUCAGAUUUUGGUCUUGCUGUGUUGAGUGGGGCUCAAAACAAAAACAAUAUCAAGCUUUCUGGAACUAUAGGUUAUGUAGCGCCUGAAUACAUGUUAGAUGGAAAAUUAAGUGAUAAAAGUGAUGUUUAUGGUUUUGGAGUAGUACUUUUGGAGCUGUUAUUGGGAAGGCGGCCUGUAGAAAAGGAGGCAGCCACUGAAUGUCAGUCUAUAGUGACAUGGGCCAUGCCUCAGCUGACAGAUAGAUCAAAGCUUCCAAACAUUGUUGAUCCUGUCAUACAAAACACAAUGGAUUUAAAGCAUUUGUAUCAGGUUGCUGCAGUUGCUCUAUUAUGUGUUCAGCCAGAGCCAAGCUAUCGUCCCCUAAUAACCGAUGUAUUACAUUCCUUAAUUCCCCUUCUUCCCACACAAUUAGGUGGGACGCUACCGCCUUCUUACUGCUGAUCCAUUCCAAUUAUGUAUGCUCUCGCCUUACACAUUUUUGGCUAUUUUUUAUUUAUAAUACAACCGUCCUAUUAACCAUGUGUUAGGUAUAAAUAAUUGUCAUAUAUUUGUACUUCUAUAAGAAGAUGAUUUAUUUCAGAUGCUUGGCUAAAUCAUCAAUUAUAAAGUCUUUGUUCACGAGAA